AAUGGGCACCACUCAUGUUUACCGUCAGAUAUGAUGAAAAAAGAGUUUACAGAUUCCAAUUAUAACAAAAAACAUGCUGACUAUAAGGACGUCUCAAGUUCAGUGUUUUGUUUUUCUGAUAUGUGGGCUGUUUGUUGUUGAAACAUACCAACACAGGUUGAAAUUCGAGGUUGGCUUUUUGGUUUGCACCAGUUUAGGUUAGAGCCAGAUUUUGGUAGGCGAUGUUUCUUUGCAGUUUCUGCGGACUUGUCACGUUUGAAAUUUACUAUAUUUUGUUGUUAGUACAUCUUAAUGCGGUCACCCUCGCAAUAAACUUGGCCGAAUCCAGAAACCGUUAAACUUGAAUGUAAUUACGUUAUUUCAGUUGUGACUAGUUUGUUAGAUAUACCACGGUGGGAGCUUCAUAAACUGGAUAUAAUUUAUUAUUCACUGUCAUAUAUAAAGUGCUGAAAAUCUUGAGGCGUGGUUUUCACAGUUCUACCCCUCUCUCCUGUGUCAAACUGGUCUUGGAGUUUUUUCCCCUAAGUCCAACAGGCGCUAAGUCAUCCCUGUUGCGGUGCAGGGACUAGGAAGAGGACCCACUCGCUGUUUGUUUACUGCCAUUUGACCUGGUGUACACUGUGAACUUCCUUGGAACCAAAUGCAGAACAAAUUCUGUACAUAUCUGAUGGGAUUGUUGUGAUGCAGAAUAUAAAUGAACAUAGGAAAGAGCUUAGAGAAAUCGGUCAUCGUAGGAAAAAAAGUCGAGAAUAUAAAGAUACUGAUAAGCCCUCCAACCACUCACCCAGUCACUUCUCUAGCUACAGACGUGAAGAUGAUUUUCAGGAUGAUAACUCUCGUGACCUUAACCCGACUGAGAGUUAUGUAAACUUUGGUGGAUCUGAAAGAGCUUAUUCCUCUAAUCGUUAUGCCAAUAAGGAUGUGGAGCGCAUAUACGCAAAUGAAAAGGCAGAGCGUCGAAAGUUCAAAAAGGGAGUACCGAGACAUAAAACUCCACCAAGUGAUGGUGCAAGGCAGCAGCGAACUCUAGAUCACUGUCAAGAGAGUGAUCAUAGUUAUAUUAGUGACGGUGGGAAUCAUUACAGAAAUCGUAUAAGUUCUCGUGUGUCUCAAAAUCGAGAACUACAUCGUCGGGAUGAAGAAAGUGGUAUGUCAGGUUCUAUUCAAUAUUCUGGUUCAGUGCCUCCUUCUCCCCUACCGAGCAGCAUUCCGAUUUCUAAUGGUCGACACUCUCAGGAACCUCCAGGAUCGUAUGCGGGUUCUAACUCCAAUUUGCACUCCGAAUCCUACUCAGGUUACCGGCAAGAUAUGACAGAGGGUCGACAUUCAAAUGCCUUUGUCGGAAGUGGGCAAGGAUAUUGGAAUCCUGAACUUGGACAUGGUUACUCCCAACCCACACCUCAGCAAGACCCUGCAGAAACCACACUGACUAAAAAAAUGCUUACCAGGUUCUUCGCUUCUUUUAGACGAAACAAACCAAGGGUUCUUGGUGGGUUGCAAAUCGUUAAGCCAUCUGAUAGUAACACAUCAGCUCGAGUUAUUAUGCUAGAUGGUGAGGAGCUUGUUUUUCACUUGAAUCGUGAUGAUAUUGGUCAAGUUCUUUUCGACCAAGUGUGUCAAAAUUUGGAUCUUUACGAAACUGAUUAUUUUGGUCUGACUUUGUCAGCAACAAAAUACGCACCUGGGUAA